UAGAUCACAUAAUCUAUAAAUUGAUAAAUUAAUUUGAUGGUCCACUGUCUUCAUCACCUCUACAGCCACACAUAUCCAUAAAUAAUGUAUUUGUCUAGUCUCUACAUAUUGUAGUCCAACAUCAAAAUUUACAGUUAAGCCAUAUAUUAUUUUGUCAUAUUAUUAGGUGUUAUUGAAAAACAUGGACUCUAACAACUUGUUAAUUUUGUAGACUCGUGGAAAACUUAUGUUGCGUUUGGCAUUAAGUUUAGCUACCAUCGAAUCAAAAGCUCGCCACCUAAUUGUUACUAUUCAAAUAUUUAAAGUGAAGACAUAGAGUAACUAAAGUAAAAAAGAACUUUCCCUAUCAAAGUCUCUCCCUCUUUACUCAUGGUUCUCAAUGUAGCUUUCUCACAUUCAAUGCUUUAACCAUAUUAUACUAUCAUACAUAUACGUACAUGCGUCUCUCUUUAUAUAUGUGUUCAAUUCGUGUAUACAAAUUUACAUACUUCUCUCCCACCCUUAAAACCUCUCUCAACUUCUUAUACUAGUAGAGGAAUAAUACAUUUAUAUUUGUAUUUGUAUGCGUUCGUAUUCGUGUCUGAUGGAGAGAGAUAAAUGCUUGAUGUCGAUGAAGUUCCGACCGGUGGUGACGAGACAAUCCUCGAACGCGGCUUUACUCUGGCCAUUUGGGGAAGAAUAUGGCGGUGGAGGUGGUUGCAUGUGGCCGCCUAGGUCUUACACGUGCAGCUUUUGCGGGAGAGAGUUCAAGUCGGCUCAAGCACUAGGUGGUCAUAUGAACGUUCAUCGAAGAGACCGAGCUCGUCUUAAACAACAAUCUUUAUCAUCUUCAUCAACUGACCAAACUACGCCUCUUGAUUAUGAUCAUCAACAACAAGUACAAAAACAACACGAAGUUCUUGACGUGGGACCAAAGUUUCCCGUCCAAGAAGAUUCGAGAAAGCCAAAUGGAAGUAAGAGAGAGAUAAGUGAUGUUGGUAAUAGUAAUGUUUUAGAAAGUUCUAUGAAAAGAUUUGAGCAUUACAAUGAUGAAGUCAAGACUGAUUUAUCUAUCGGUCUAGUGAGUUCUGAGUUCGAUUCUCGGAGGAAGCAACUAAUCAACGGGGUUUUGGCGUCCAAGAAAGCAAAGACUGAUGUUUCAAGAUUGCCGAUGAUGGUAGGGUUGGUCAUCGGAGUAUCCAAGAUCAACGGUCAUCACGAGGAGUUGGAUCUUGAACUAAGGCUAGGAGCUGAUCCACCAAAGGUUAACUAGCCUAAGUAGUAAUAAUGAUAAUAAUAGUGAAUGUGAUUGCCAAAAUCUCAAGAGGGAAAAGUAGGUUUUGUAGUGUUGGCUUUGAUAUAGUAAUUAAUUCUAUUGUAUGGGAAGUCAGCACUUUUACUCUUUGAUAAGACUCAAAAAUAGAAGAAAGAAAAUUCAAUGAUAUAAUUUGCUUUAAUAUUCCAUGUGAACUCUCAAUAUUAUAAAAAGAAAUUAGAAACUAAAAGUCAUCAUAUUGUCUAUUUUGUUAACCUAUUUAUCAUAUAACCUAUGAGGAGAUUAGAGAAAACCAAAAACUUAAGGCUGAUUAUUUAUUCUAAUGAUAAUCGUAAGAGCUAAUGUCUAUAGUCUAUUAAUGGUUUUGCUUGUAAAUAACAGGAAAGUAAUUAACGUUUGCUAUAAGCUUAUAGGGACGGCCACAUGACUUCAAAUCUAGAUUAACAUUGUUUACUUCUACACAUAUCACUUCUCAGUGGUUGGCACAUGGAAAAAAAUGAUAAUUGUUUCUACUUACUCUGAUAUGUUUGAAAAUAGUAGGAGCUUGGAAGAUUACUCUUUAGUGUAGCUGGCUUGUAAUUGUAGAAAUGAAUAAUACCGUAAAUUUGAUCAAAAAAAAAAAAAAAGAAUAAUACCGUAAAUAUUAUAUGAAGGAACAAAACUGAUCCAGAAGACAAAUACUGAACAGUAAUAAAAUAUAUUUCUUCAUUAUUUCUUGGUAAAAAGAAAAUGCACCAUCAAAGUAUUAAUGAUCGGAUUAAAUAGAAAUGCAAUGAACAGAUUAUUAUUAUCUCGUUGACAACAACUUUGCAGAUAUGAACAUGUUACACACAGUAUGUAUAUAUAUUUGUAAACUAUAAUUGUGCUUGUGAACAUGUCUGUAGUUGAGAAGGGUAAACUAUAAUUGAUCGAAGUGAAAGUGGUCUUUUCACAAUUUACAGCUCCUAAUAUGAACACAUGCAAACGUUUGUAUGUUGUACUUUUAGAUUACCUUUUUUGUUUUACAUUUAUAAAUAAAUUAAAGAAGAAGAAAUAAGUGAAAAGGAAAGAAUGGAACCGAUGGUUAUAAAGGGGAUAUGGUUUUAAAUGGGAGGGGCAACAAAUUUCAACGUUGUCUAAAAGAGGAAAAUUCAUGAAAUAUAUCUUCUGACUUUAUUAUUACAAAGCAUAAUGCAAACAUAAGCCAAGGAAGAAGUCUAUUAAAAAAACUGAAAAUUAACCCACACAAAAAUCAGACUCUGCUCUGCGACAAGAGGAGAACUGAACACACACAAAAUGUAAAGCGAAUAUAAUAAACGGAAUAGAAUUUAGAGAAUUUAUGUCAUAACUAAUAACCACUAGCUGUAACAUCCUUUCCUCUUUUGGGAACUCUUCUUCGGAAUAUUC